CUAGCUUUGCUCAUUCUUCACAACUGCGGCUUAGUACACGUAGGCCGCGCGCGCUAGCUCUUGGUCUAGCUUUAGGUGCACCAGCAGCGCGCGAACGGCGGAUCGAUCAGCUUCGUCUUUCAAUUCUUCUCCACAUCAUCAUUUGCGCCACGUACGUAAAUCGGCUGCUGCGGGAGAGACGACCGGCCGCCGGCGACGCCGCCAUGACCAAGCAAAAGGCAGUGAUCAGGCUUGGCGUAACGAACGACCAGAACCGGUCUAAGGCCAUGCAGCUGGCGUCCCGAUUUCACGGAGUGACCUUGGUGUCGAUCACCGGCGCAGGCAAGGACCAGCUGGAGGUGGUAGGAGAAGACAUCGACAUCCCCUGCCUCGUCAAUUCGCUGCGCAAGAAGGUCUGCCGCUCCGCCGGCAUCGUCGUGGUGGAGGAAGUCAAGGACAAGGCGAAGGUGGAGGAGGAGAAGAAGAAGAAGGAAGAGGAGGAGAAGAAGAAGAAGGCCAAGGAGUUGCAAGAAGCGAUCCAGAAGCACUGCCCGCCGCCGCCGUUCUACGGCGGCCCGCCGUUUCUCUGCGAGGAACAGACAACAGGCUGCCACAUCAUGUGAAGCUGAUGGAUUCUGGCCCGCCGUUUAAAUAUAUACGUAUACUAGUCAGUACCCGUGCGUUGCAACGGGAACAUAUAAUACCAUGAUAACUUAUAUACAAAAUGUGUCUUAUAUUGUUAUAAGAAAAUAUUUCAUAAUCCAUUUGUGAUCCUAGCCAUACAUAAAUUUUGUUAUUUUAAUUUAGUUGUUUCACUACUA